AUGUUGUACGCAAAUCAGUCGCAGACCAACAACACUGUUGGACUGCAGUAUCAGGAGUUACUGGGAUUAGUGAUGUUUUCCAUUCUGACAUCAGUGCCAUGCUGUGUGUUUCUCUUCAUUAAUGGGACCAUGCUAUUCACCAUGAGGAGUAAACCUGUGUUUCGAGAGACCUCCCGUUACAUUCUUCUGUAUAACCUCCUUUUUGGAGACACUGUACAGAUGGCACAGAGUCAGUUAAUGUACAUUCUGGCUGCUUGUAGAUUAAGGCUGACCUAUGCUGUAUGUGGUGUUCUUGUUAUGCUCGCCGAGCUCACAAACAAAAUCUCUCCUCUCACACUGGUGUUGAUGUCUCUGGAGAGAUAUGUAGCUGUGUGCUACCCACUGAGGCACACUGCUAUCAUCACUAUCAGAAACACUGGGGUGGCCAUAUGUGUGAUCUGGACCUUCAGUUCAGUAAAUGUCCUCACUCAAGUUUUAUUGAUGUUAAAUUUUCAGUUUGAAGACCUUGUGAGCAUGCAGAUGGCAGACUUUUGUGGUAAAGAAAGUAUGACGCUUGAUCAAAUAUCAGAUCUUUAUGAAAAAGCCUACACUUGUUUUCUGUUUGUUUCAGCCGGUAUGGUAGUUGCUUGUUCCUAUGUUGGUGUGAUGAUAGCAGCCAGAUCAGCUUCCACAGACCAAAGUUCAGCCAGUAAAGCUCGUAAAACACUGCUGCUGCAUCUGGUGCAGCUGGGCCUCAGUCUGUCUUCAGCUAUACACAACCCAUUACUGUUCUUCAUCUCCAAAAUCUUCGACAGGAUCAUAUUUGUGCGCAUCCAGAAUGUUCUUUAUUUUUGUAUUACCAUCCUUCCCAGAUGUCUGAGUGCUCUUAUCUAUGGAAUCAGAGACCAGACCAUCAGACCUGUUCUCAUGUACCAUCUAUGCUGCCAGUGGAGAUGCUUACCUUUGCUCUCAGUUGUCCCAACCAAGGCUAACAUCAUACUUGUCACUUAA